AUGGAACCGACCAGCGACCGAAAUGAGCACGCACAUAAAGGCAAAGAGCUGGAGGAGCACAAGGCCGCAGAACAGACCCCGGACUCUGGUGCAACCGUCACCCCGCGGAGAGGGCUCAGGGAGCGGGGAGGCACUCGCACAAGAGGCGGCGAUUCUGCUUCACAAGCGACUGUCAAUGGAGCUAUUCGGGGCUCUGGGAGGGUUUUACGGGACCGUUCGACUAGGGCUGUGCCGGCCUGGCUAAAGGAAAGCAAAAGUGAAGACGACGAAGAGCAACACAGCGUUGACGCAGGGGCCAGCAAGCGGAAGAAAGUUUCCAACUCCCGACGGAGGAAAAACGGGGACUCCUCUGGGUCGGUGGAAGCUGGUGAUGGCGUCGCAGGUGACGACUCGAAAGGCGUUGAUUCUGUGGAGGAACCCAAGAAGCCCACAACUAAUAUUGAAGCCAUUCCAUCAUCCCUAUCUCCUAUUAAUAGCAGGGCCAAGCGUCCAUUUGACAUGGCCAUUCGCUACUCUGCCAAGCCCGCGCAAACAUAGCUCAGAGUAGAGAAUCAAGCUGCUGCUUCAGGGGAGGCGAGCGUUAAGGAAAAUGUUGACAUUAAAAAUGGAGAAGAGGAGAGUGAAGAUCUUAGUAGUCUUGAAAAGGAGGACCCUCAAUUUCAGGGUGACACACAUGACUUGAACACAACCUCAGCUUCACUUGAGGGUGAAACAGAUGAGGAAGAGGUUAUCAGCAGUGAUGAAGAUGUUCCCUUCACAGACGAUUUAAAUGAUCAGAGCUACGACCCCAGAGUGGAAAGAUCUGUGGAUGGUACAAAGCCAAAGCGCCGGGUUCCUCUGAGACAAAAGGACAAGAAAGAAAGAGAAAAAGCACCCAAGACAGAGGAAGUUGAAGAGAUAAAAAUGGAGGGCUCGGAUGACUUGAGUAAUGCUGAAUUUGAAGUGAAGCGAGAAGACGACUUAGCAGAGGAACCUGACGGGCCAAGGAAGAGGGGUCGACGGAAAAAAGACGACAAAACACCACGACUGCCAAAAAGAAGAAAGAAGCCCCCAGUGCAGUAUGUCCGAUGUGAAAUGGAAGGAUGUGGCACUGUCCUUGCUCACCCCCGCUACCUGCAGCACCAUAUCAAAUAUCAGCACUUGCUCAAAAAGAAAUACGUGUGCCCUCAUCCUACUUGUGGAAGACUUUUCCGACUUCAGAAGCAGCUACUUCGUCAUGCCAAACACCAUACAGACCAGAGAGAUUACAUCUGUGAGUUCUGUGCUCGUGCCUUCAAGAGCUCCCACAAUCUGGCUGUACACCGCAUGAUCCACACAGGAGAGAAACCCCUCCAGUGUGAGAUCUGUGGCUUCACCUGUCGCCAGAAGGCAUCCCUCAACUGGCACAUGAAGAAGCACGAUGCCGAUGCCAGCUACCAGUUUUCUUGCUCCAUUUGUGGCAAGAAGUUUGAGAAGAAAGACUGCGUGGUGGCUCAUAAAGCCAAGAGUCACCCAGAGGUGCUCAUAGCAGAGGCGCUAGCAGCCAACGCUGGCACUCUCAUCUCGACCCCCGCAGCUGUGCUGGAUGUUCCGGCCAACCCUGUGCAAGGAGAGGUUGAAGGUGGCGCGCAUGGGGGGCUGAACCAGGAAGGACAUGUGGGGUCACAAGUGGCUCAGGUCUCCCAGAUAGCAAAUGUGAACCCACAAGUCAGUCACCAGGCAGUUCUAUUGGGCCAAGAGCCUUCACUCCACACCAUGCAGGUGCCAGUGACACUUUCACUUUCCCCCAUCGACCCCCCUUCGCCUCCCGACACCCACCAGCAGCAGACUCAACUACAGCUCCAGAUGCCCGUCCAGUUUGUUCAACAACCCCCGCAACUCACCCUGAAUUCCCCGGCGGUGGUGGCCCAACAGCAACCCCAGCUCCAGCCUCUUCAGCCCUAUUCCUCCCAGCAACAGAACCAAGGACAAGUCCUCCAAAUGGCCUUCCAGCCAGUUAGUCCAUCUGAGACUCCCAUACAGCAGAUCUCAAUCCUUGCCACCUCUCAGCAGUUUACCAUUUUGCAGACAAUCCCUUCUAGCCCCCCGCUCCUUUCUCCAUCUCAGCCUCAGGAGGCGUCCAACACUAACUCUUUCAAUCCUGCACUGGCUCCUCCAUCCACACCAGCUAACUCUUUCCAUUCAACAGAAGGGGCAGGGGCGAACGGUGUGGCCUGGGAGCAAAUGGACCAAGGGGCCGUCCUGUCUGACAACGUCGCGGAAGACGUGCAGCGGGUUGUCAUUUGA